AUGCGUACCUCCAGCAAGAAUGGGAACCUCACACUACAACCUGCUGGCGUUGAACAUAUCAUCGAUGUCAGCAAGAAACGUAACAUACCUCUAGCGCUGCGACUCACCGUGGACUCUGGUGGAUGCGGCGGCUUCCAGUACUACUUCGACCUCGUCCCUGCCGAUUCAGCUACUGCAACAGACAACAAGGUGGAGGCUGAUGAUGGCUCAGUCGUGAUGCUGGUAGAUGCACUGUCUGAGUCUUAUCUCGAUAACUGCAAGGUGGACUUCGUUGAGGAGAUGAUAGGUUCUAAGUUUGUGGUCAGCGAAAACAAGCUAGCUGAAUCGGCUUGCUCCUGUGGUGCUAGUUUCAAUGUCGGCUUCUGA